CAGAAAUGGAGCUAAAUUGGUUGAAACUCGUAAUGCUGCUCAAAUGGUUUCACUUUGGAUGGGGCGAGUUUAUCGACUUUUGCGAACUGCCCUACUGCGGAACCAAUAACUUAGCCUGCAACAAUCCAUCUAAAUACAGUGUCAUGUGUCCGCCGAAUGCCAGGACCCUUUCCAUGUCGAGGUACCGAAAUGCUUUACUAAAUGCCUUCAAUGAGUUUCGCAACUAUACGGCCGGUGGAAGGCAGAAGUAUCUCAAAGGAGGGGCUGCACGAAUGUCCCGAUUGAGUUACUCUACGGACCUUGAGGACUUAGCCCGAAUGGCGGUCAUCACGUGCUCUGCACACAAGUUUUGCCUGAGCUCACCGGAGUUCUACUAUGUAGGCACCAACCAAGGAUCCACCUACUACCUGGGUAGCUUGAACGACUACGAGGAUCUCGAGCUGAUGUUGAGGACCAUCCAGGAUUGGACCAAAUAUGCGGACUACAUCAAUAUGAAAAUGGCUCUCUAUAUGCCGAUAAAUUUGGAUAGGAGUGGAGCUGCAAAAGCUUUACUUCUAAUGACAGAUCGGAACACCCACGUGGGCUGCUCGGCAAUGCGAUUCACCGUGAACUCCGUCCACAAUUUCAUCUUCGUGUGCGCCUUUAGUACAGAUAUUUUCGUGGAACGUCCCAUUUACCGGAUGUCAAGUAAACCCGGAAGUGCCUGUAAGCGGUUGGAUCCUAACUAUUCAGCUCUAUGUGCCGUUGGCGAGAACUACGAUAAUAAUAAGCCCCUGCCCAACGCAAUGGUAUUCCAAUUACCCCUCGACAUAUCCAAGGGUCGACAGUCUUAUGUUCCUGCCACAUAGACCAAGCUUUAAGUAAACUUUUAAAUUCGCAUAG